UCAUCCUGUGAUUCAACUUCCUCCAUCUAAUAUGAGGGGCGUUGACUUCUCAACUCCCCGCAAAGGUGUGGCGUUUCUGGCCAACUGUGAAAUUCCUCUUGGAAUAUCAGUCCUAACUUUUCACACGGUUGAACAUUUCUUCUCGACAACAUGUCUGUUUGGGAUGACCUGGACCUGCUCUUAGACUCCCCCUCCUCCCUGACUGUGACAUCCACAGUGAGAGGAACUGUGAAAGACCAAGCAAAUUUCAAAGUGGACGAGGAUGUGUCUGCCCUUAGGAAAGCCAUUGAGGGCCUCGGCACAACAGAAAAGACCCUGAUCGAUGUGUUGACCCAAAGGAGUAACGCUCAGCGACAGCUUAUCGCUAGAGCCUAUGAGAAAGCCACAGGAAGGACUUUGGUAGCUGACCUGGAGGGUGACACUCAUGGAGACUUUGAAGACUUGUUAGUAGCUCUGGUGACACCUCCCGCUGUCUUUGACUGUCACGAGAUCCAGAAAGCCAUCAAGGGUGCGGGGACCACAGAGAGUACGCUCACAGAAAUCUUUGCCUCCAGAUCCAACAGACAGAUCAGUGCCCUGUCUGAAGUGUACCUGGCAGAAACGGGAAGGUCGUUGAUUCAUGAUCUGGAGUCUGAGGUGUCUGGGGAUUACGGCAAAGCACUUCUCAUCUUGGCUGAGGGUAAGAGAGAUGAGAGCACCAAUGUGGACGCUGCCAAAGCCAAAGCAGAUGCUAAGGCCUUGUAUGAAGCAGGAGAGAAGAAGUGGGGAACCGAUGAGGGGAAGUUUAUUGACAUCCUGUGCCACAGGAGCAUUCCCCAACUUCGACAAACUCUGGUGGAGUACAAGAAUAUUAGCAAAAAGACUCUACAGGAGAGCAUUGAGAGUGAGAUGUCUGGAGACCUGGAGGAUCUACUUGUGGCUGUCGUUAAGUGUGUGAAGAAUGUCCCUGCAUACCUGGCUGAGAGGCUUUUCAAGAGCAUGAAGGGCGCAGGGACCACAGAGUCCACUCUGACCAGGAUAAUCGUCAGUCGCUCAGAGAUCGAUUUGUUGGACAUCAGAACAGAGUACAAGAAGCUGUUUGGGUGCUCUCUCUACUCCCAAUUAGAGUCUGAAGUGUCGGGGAAUUACGGCGACACCCUCAAACAUCUGUGUGGCGAUGACUAACUCUAUCCAGAUCAUGGGUUGUGACGUGCAGCUUUAGCAAUACGAGAGAUGAAGAUCUACAGCUAGUGACGUCACUGACCUUUGCUGCAGCAUCAUAUGGAUGGGCGGAACGAACUUGGAGAAACGCUUUAUAAUGUGGAAUUUCUGCAACGUUUAAAAAGGUGUGAAACUAAAUUUUCACACACUUCAUGCGGAACUCAACGAGACUUAUGUGUUACUCAGAUAUGGAGAUUGAAUGUAUUUCCGUGCCUUCUUGAUAGCUUCUAGAUAUAUCUGUAACUAACAAUUAAUGUCAUUAAAUUUCCCAUUUGAAAAGUGA